AUGCAUUUGACAAAUAUUCUUGAGGUAGAGUUGUUUGAUGUGUGGGGAAUUGAUUUCAUGGGCCCGUUUCCUCCCUCUUUCAAUAAUGAAUACAUCUUAGUGGCUGUUGAUUAUGUCUCUAAAUGGGUGGAAGCUGCUGCCUAUCCCACUAAUGAUGCCAAGGUUGUCGUCAAGUUCUUGGACAAACAUAUCUUCACUCGCUUUGGAACUCCACGAGCAAUCAUCAGUGAUGAAGCUGAGUUGUCCAAUAGAGAAAUCAAGGGUAUUCUUCAAAAGGUUGUAGAUCCUAACCGUAAGGACUGGUCUACAAGAUUGGAUGAGGCUCUUUUGGCUUAUCGUACUGCAUACAAAACUCCUUUGGGUAUGUCUCCGUACCGCUUAGUUUUUGGGAAAGCGUGUCAUUUACCAGUUGAGCUUGAACACAAAGCUUAUUGGGCUCUGAAAAAUUUAAAUUUUGACAUGCAACUGGCCGGUGAAAAGAGAAUGUUACAACUUGAUGAGUUAGAUGAACUCCGGUACUUUUCCUACGAGAAUGCUAAGCUCUACAAGGAGAAGACAAAGAAAUGGCAUGAUAAAAACAUUCAAUCUCGAGUGUUUGAGGUGGGGUAA